UCCCACAAUAAAAAUGGCAGAACCAAUAUCAACUCCCAGACUUCCACCACCACAACGCAUAGCCCACACGUCAGGUCCAGGGUCUAAAGAUCAAUUACUCUCCUCAAGUCCCGCCUUUGGGACACCCGCAUAUCCAAUCCAACCACGACAAAGACCCAUAUCUAGACUUCCAUUCGCACCUCAAACACACACAACCACCACUUCAAACAACAAUGCUCCUACAGUCCUGCCCAUUCUCCUCCCUCCUCAGACCUUACGGCCGGUCGCUUUCAGAACCCUCACCAAGAAACAUAACCUGACCUUGACCUCUUCAGGUCUUGGGGUACUAUCCACCUUUGUGGGGAAACACUGUGGGAGUGCAUGGCGAGAAGAUGGACUGGCAGAACGAGUACUGGACGAGAUUGCAAAGUCAUGGAAACGGAUUGGUGGUGGUCUGAUUGUCGAGGAUGGACCAGACAAGAAAUUGUCCAACCUACUCAAAACGUUUGAGCCGUGCAUGUCUGGUGGUCGUCUGGAUACAGGCAAAUUAUCACGACAGAACAGUUCAGUCGGAUCUUUAUCUCGGUCAAGUUCAUUCAAUCUUCGUCCUGAGAUCAGUCGAGACGAUAGCCAGACGAGUCUGGGGAUAUCUGGAUUGACUGUUCAAGAACCAGGCGAAAUUGACGACCACAGCGAUCCCACAACCCUCGAUCCAAGGUCUUACCUCAAAGUUGUAUCUGCCUUUGACCAACCGCGUUUGACAUACUCGACCUCGAAAAAGACAGUCGAGAGAGUCUCAGGACCACCGACCCUUCUCUCGGCGACACAGAACAAGACAGCCAUGUUCAGAAAUCGUUAUCACUUGAUCCACCAACGAUUGAUGCGAAAUGAAUCUUUCCAAGCGCCAGCAUUCUCGAGCUCGAAACGGAAACCAGCUCUCAUCCACUCUGGUAGUAGCGCUGCAUCACUCCAACAAGCCUACAAAAUCACUCCCAUCUCCAACCUCCUCGGCCGGUCCGGCUCCUUCCACCUCCUUCUAGGCAUGCUCGUCCACUCAGCAGCCGGCGAUCUGGCCCUCACCGACCUCUCAGGAAGCGUAGUGCUAGACAUGUCGACAACAAGACCCAUCCCAGAAGAUGGAGCCUGGUACUGCCCUGGCAUGAUCGUCCUCGUCGAAGGCCGCUAUCUAGAAGACGGUUCCAACAACUCUAACCUAGGCACUGCAGCCGGCAUAGGAGGUCAAAUCAAAGGAUCUUUCGUCGCAGAGACCAUGGCCGGACCACCUGCCGAAAGACGAAGUCUCACCCUAGGUCUAUCAGCACAAGCGGACAAGGAAAACCUCGCUGCCAGCGUCGGCGCAGGAUUUGGCUGGGUGGAUUUCCUCGGCGUGGGCAGUGAGAAAGCACUCGGUGCACAGAUGCGACGCAUUCAAAGACGAAUCCUCAAAUCAACACCCCAGACAAUGCCACCCGCGAUCGAACACGACCAGGAUCAAGACCACCAUGAAGAAGAAAUCCAAGUCCAACUCCCCCGAACCAAAAUCGCCAUUGUCGCCGAAUGCACACUCGACAAUCCACGCACACUUGAAGGCAUACGCGCCAUCUUAAGCAGCUACGCCAACGCCAGCACCGACGAAAUCGACUACCCACUAUCCAUCAUCCUAAUGGGCAAUUUCAUCUCUGCCGCAAGCAUGGCCGGCUCCACCAAAGGCGGCGGCAGCGUCGAAUAUAAAGAAUACUUUGACGGCCUUGCAUCCGUCAUGAGUGAAUUCCCGAAUCUUCUCGCCACCAGCACCUUUGUCUUUGUUCCUGGUGACAAUGAUCCAUGGGCAAGUAGUUUCAGCGCCGGGGGGGCCACCGUGCUCCCUCGACAAGGUGUGCCGGAGAUUUUCACCUCGAGAAUUCGAAGGGCAUUUGCGGCGGCGAAUACGGAAUUGGGCAGGAAGGAGAGGAAUAAGGAUCUAGGAGAGGCGGUUUGGGCGACUAACCCGGCGAGAUUGACUAUGUUUGGGCCGGUGGAGGAAUUGGUUUUGUUUCGAGAUGAUAUUACGGGUCGGUUUCGGAGGAAUGCGGUUUCGUUUGCGAAACUUGAUGAGGAUGACGAGGAUGAGGAGGGGGAAACUGGUCAUCAGAAUGGUUCUCAUUCUCAAUCACAAGCAGAAGUCACGGACACGUUUGUCGAAGAUAUGGCUCUUGAUGCCGACGACGGUGUGACGACCACGGGUCUCGACGCCAUGGUACAUGAAGCCACGUCGCACGUUCCAACGACGAGUACCACCACCACGACGAGUAAUAGCUCAACGAACUCCGCUCGCAAGUUGAUCAAGACCGUCCUCGAUCAAUCCCAUCUUGCGCCAUUUUCACACUCGAUCAGGCCGAUCUUUUGGGAUCAUGCGGCUUCGCUGUCACUGUACCCGCUGCCUACGGCGUUGGUGCUGGCUGAUGCUGAUACGCCGUCAUUUGCCAUCUCGUAUGAAGGUUGUCAUGUCAUGAAUCCAGGUCGAGUGGUUGACGAGGAUGGAGUCGGCUCGAGAAGGGGUUUGGCUCGAUGGGUCGAGUAUGAUGCUGUGGCGAGGAGAGGAGAGCUGAGAGAGGUGAGGUUUUGAUGUUGGAU